GGCCCAGUCCAGUUAAGAUAUAGGGUUAAGGUUGAGGCGGGGUAGAAGAAAGAGGAGAGAGUUCCUCAAGUUUUAGAAGGAUGGUUGUAAAAUACAAGAACUUGAUAGUAAUUUAUGGGCGGUGGAACGACCAAUGUUGAUAGCUCAGAGCACAACGAGCUAGGAGGCAGUGGUGUCUUUGAUGGUGAGGAGUCGUCAAAGACAACGGGAUGGGGACACCUCACCAUCAUCAGCUUGAGAAAUAGGAUAGGGAGGGAGGGUGAGGUCUGAUGAACCCCGCUGGUACUGUUGGCGUAUUCUAUAAUUGGUGAGGCAUAUAACAAUAUUUGUAUGUUAGUUGUUGGGGAGGAGGGGUAUCGGGCGGAGAGGUGGCGGCGUUCGGAGUGAGGAGCGAGAAAAUGAGUGGUUAGGGUUGGGCACUUCACGAAUCUCAAAGUGAUCCAACGGUCAAGAACCCCGCAAAAUAUUUAGGUUUUUUUUUUCAAACAGGUACUCAAAGUUAUUUUAGGGAGGAAGUGUAAGGACAAAUAUAAACUGGCCAUUGACAGAAAAAUAAUUAAAAAAGAAGAAGAAGAAAGAGGAAGAAAAGGGGGAGGGGGGAAGAGAGAGAAGCAGGGGGCGGGGCGGACAUGGAUCCCCGGCGGCGGGCGGAUUUGUCCGUGGGGUGGGCGGAUCUCCCGCCGGAGCUCCUGGAAGGAAUCAUGAAGCUGAUGAGCCCCCUGGAGCGUGUCACCGUCCGCCUCGUCUGCUCCUCCUGGCGCACCUGCGCCCGUGCCUCCUUCCCCUCCGACCUCGCCUUCGAGGCCCCGCGCCUCCUCCUCCGCCGCCCUGGGCCCCCCCGGGGACCUCUCGCCUUCUUCAGCCUCCGCCGCGCCGAGAUCCUCCCCUUCGCCCUCCCCGCCCGCCUCAGCGCCGCCCGCUGCUGCGGCCACAUGGGCGGUUGGCUCGCCAUGGCCUUGGACGACGACCGCGAGAUCGCCCUGUGCAGCGUCACGUCCGGCGAAUCCGUGGGCAUCCCUCGGCCCCCCGUGUUCCCGGUGGCGAAGGUGGUGCUGUCGGCGCCGCCCACCACGCGGGGAUGGGUGGUGGCGGUGCUGGGGCGGUCGGGCACGAUCGCGCUGCUGCAGCCGGACGCGGAGGGGGAGGGCGGUCGUUGGAUGGCGAUGGAGGACGGGGCGAAGCACGGAGGGUUCGAGGACAUGGCGAUCUGGCGCGGGCGGCUGUGCGCGCUGGGCGGGGACGGCGCGGUGGUGGCGUACCGGGUGAGCCUGGGGGCGCGGGUGGCGGCGGCGCGGGUGCUGCGGGCGGCGCAGCAUCCGGUGGGGUACGCGGCGGGGGCGGGGGGGCAGCAGCGGGUGCGGGGGCGGGUGUGUAUGUACCUGGUGGUGGACAUGUCGGGGUCGCUGGUGGUGGUGCAGAGGGAGUACAGCGUGCGGCGGGACGCGGUGGAGGUGGAGGUGGAGGUGUCCCGGUUCGCGGCGGAGGAGCGCAAGUGGGAGGCGGUGGAGGAGCUGGCGGCGGGGGAGGCGCUGUUCGUGGGGUCGGUGGUGUCGGUGGCGGCGCGGGCCACGGAGGGGUCCGGGAUCAGGGGGAACUGCGUGUACAUGGCGCGGAGGGAGGUGGAGUUGAUCGCGCCGCACGCCAUCGGCGUCUACUCCCUGGCCGACGGGGAGGCGGAUGGGUUGGCCAUCUCCGGCGGCCACUCGCUCGCCGCGGAGCCUGUCUGGAUCGCCCCCUCGCUCGCCUGAUCCAGAUUACUCCAGCUGCAACAGCAAUUUAUCAAUCAUGAAUCAGGAAUCGAUGAGAUCGUGUUCGAUCGUGUGUUCGUGCCGCCUCGCUUGCAAACCCAACAAUAAUUACUACUCCACUAGCUAGUAGUACUACUUGAGUUCACAACCGUGCUAGGCUUUGCUGUGAACAAGUGUGUUGAUCUGAUGGAUGCAGCAAUUUGCUGCUGUUGUCGUCAGUCUAAAUUUGUACUAGUAGCUGUUUGCAAUGCAAUAGAGAGUGUAUCGAUGGGACUAUCUAAUUUUGCUUAUAGCUGCUGCUGAUGCUUCAUA